GCGGAGGCUCGAGGGACGCGGCGCAAGCGCAGAAGCCGCUCCGCCGUUGCCUCGGCGCCGCUGCCGCUGCAGCCGCCGCCUGCUUCGCCUCAUCAGCUGCGCUCAGGGCGCGUCGUCUCCCCCUCCCGUCUGGGUCGGGGGCCGGGCCAUGUCCCGAAAGCAGGCGGUGAAGAGCCGGCCGGGCAGCGCCCGGAAGGCCGAGGCGGAGCGGAAGCGGGAUGAGCGCGCGGCUCGGAGAGCCCUGGCCAAGGAGCGGCGGAACCGGACAGAGCUCAGUGCCGGCGGCGAGGAGGAGUUCGUCAGCUUCGCCAACCAGCUGCAGGCCCUGGGGCUCAAGCUGCGCGAGGUGCCGGGCGACGGCAAUUGUCUAUUUCGAGCUCUUGGUGAUCAAUUAGAGGGACAUUCACGAAAUCAUCUUAAGCACAGACAGGAGACUGUUGACUAUAUGAUCAAACAGCGGGAUGAUUUUGAGCCCUUCGUGGAGGAUGAUAUUCCCUUUGAGAAACAUGUUUCCAGUUUGGCAAAACCUGGUACUUUCGCUGGAAAUGAUGCAAUUGUAGCCUUUGCAAGAAAUCAUCAAAUGAAUGUUGUUAUUCAUCAGCUUAAUGCCCCUUUGUGGCAGAUUCGUGGCACAGACAAAGCUAACGUUAGGGAGCUACACAUUGCAUAUAGGUAUGGUGAGCACUACGACAGUGUUCGGAGAAUCAAUGAUAACUCAGAGGCUCCUGCGCAUCUUCAGACAGAGAUGCUUAAUAAAGAUGAAUCAAAUAAGAGAGAGAAGAUUAAGCCAAAGGAGGAGGACUUUGAAGAAGACUUGAAAGAUGAAGUAGAUGAUGCUGUACAGAAAGUUUGUAAUGCAACUGGAUGUUCAGAUGUUAAUUUAAUAGUCCAGAACCUGGAAGCUGAGAAUUACAAUAUUGAAUCUGCAAUACUUGCAAUGAACCAGGGAAAAAGAAAUUCGCAAUACCUUUCUUUGGAUGAGGCAGAGGAGAAACUAGAGAUCCAUGGCAGAACUCAGAAACAGCGUGGCUCCUUAUGGGAGGAAGGCGGCAGUGGAAACAGAAUCUUUGGAAGUCAGGGCUUAAGUGAAAAUGGAAAUGAAAACAAUAAAACACAAACUAGUCCUGUUGGAGAAAACAAAACAAGUAAAAGCCAGCCUUCCAAGGUAACAAAUAAACAAAAGAGAGAGCAGCAGCGCCUAGAAAAGAAGAAGCGCCAGGAGGAACGACAUCGUCAGAAAGCGCUGGAGAAUAGGAGCAACAACACUGAUAACAAUCGAAGCGAGGCAGACGUUAGUGCACAGGUCACCUUGGUGAAGACCUUUGCUGCCCUCAACAUCUGAUUCGUCUUGGUGUCUUUUAAAACAAGAUGAUGGAAAUGGAUUGCUGAAUAGGAAAUAGACUAAGCUUUCUGAUAAGGCCAUCAUUUAAAAAAAAAAGAAAGGAAAAAGCUAACAAAACAUAUACCAAAACAUUAGUUUGUUGCUAGCUCUUUUUAAUUUAGCAUUUCAUCAGUGAUGUGUUCUUUUUUAUUGUUGUUUUGACCACACAUACAGUAAAAAUCACCUUCUGUAAAACUCAAGAACUUAGGAAUGGUUAAUUAGGUCAAGUGGAACAUUUUUAAGUGUGGCUCUGCUCUCCCUGACAAUGAGUUCAAUGGUUUUGGACUCUUUCCUUAAUAUUUGGGUGAGUUUUGCUUUAUUAUUCACAAAUUAAUUCAAGUUAGUAGUUUCGAAUUCAGAAUGACAAGCCUUUCCCUUGUUUUUUACAGACAUUAAUAUACAGGGUAGUUUGCAAAUGAUCUCCAACUCAGGAACAAGCUUAGAUUUCUUUUUUUUUUUUCUUCUCUUCCUAAUUGCAUAGACAAAAAUUUAGGAACUAUUUUUCCAAAGCUGAAUAAUACAAGGUUAGAUGGGGCCUAGUCAGGGUGAAAAUAGAAUAAUGUAGAUUUCUCCCCAUCCUGGAUUUUAAUAUUGAGUUUCAACCUGGACCAGGUGCUCUUCAUGUCUAGUUGUACUCAAGCCAUGUGCUAGCUAAUACUUUUGACUGUUGAUGAGAAAAAAAAAAGAAAAAGCAGAAUUGUUAAUUUCUUGAUACCCAUUUCUUUGAAAUGGAAAGGUUGUCUUAUUGUUUACAAACCAUUUUUGGAAGUUUGGACAUGACUGGAGCAGGGUUUUCUUUUCUUUCAUAGUAAUGAAGGAUAUGUCAAGGAAUUCCUGACUUGAUAUCUGAGAAGAAACUUCCUUCAAAGGGGUUCUUUAUAUGUAGGACUGUUUUUAAAGAAGGAGAACCAUAGAUGUUCGGAAAAAUGAUUUUUGUUUUUGUUUUCCUGAAUUGAUAUUUUAAACACCUCAGAUUUCUUCUAUUUUAGAUUUGGAAAGCUGCUAUCAAAGAUGUUGAGGGAACUUGAUUGUGCUGGUCCAUGAAUUAAAGUUUCUUUAGGAAAAUUUAUUUAUUAUUAAUAUUAAUGGCUAGUCAUUAAUAUUAAUCUUUACUUACUAAGGAAAUAAAAUUCCUUGUAAUAAUGAAAUUAUUUCUCAUUGUUGGGGUUUUGAUAGUAGAAAAAGCUCACUACACUUGUCAUUGUAGAUCACUGGGUUGGAACAAAUAUCUCAGCUAAGGUCCUUAAACUAUAAGUCUAAUUCUGAAAUUGUGUGCCCAGAUUUGAGCAAUUUAAGCAUGUUUUCUCAGAAUUCUUAGUUGUGUGAAGGAACCUGUUCCUAUCUGGGAGUGUCUGUGUGUGGUGUUUAAUCUUAAAAUGUUGACUGAUUUGUGUGAAAACAGUACUUGGUGAGUCAAAGUUAGAUUGUAAGCUGAUUUUCUAUUUAAAAAAAAGUUGUAAAGAUUCCCAGAAGGGGAGACCUAUAAAAGCAAUAUUUGAAUUGUUUAGAUAGUGCAGUCUGGGCUGGUCCUGGAUUCAUGGAAUUCUCUUUUUAGUAGCAGCAUCUUUGCUUGUGUUGGUUUGAAUGAUGUGUUUUGAUUAUUAUUUUUGUCUCCAUUUUGAUGAAUAUUUGAUUGGAACAUGAACAUUUCCCUGGGAUUGUUCCCAGGACAUUGUGGUUUGGGAUUUUUCCAGAGUACAGAUUAUAUAAUAUUUAUCAGGUUUCUUAAAUAGCUAGGUGGAGAUAGACCAUGCAUACUGGUCAAUAGAGUUUUUUUUCUUCUGCAUAUUGUAGAAUCCCUAGUUAAGAUAGUCUCCAUUAUUUAAGCAAAAGACUCAUUUUGUCUUUUGAGAGCUACCUUUGAGUGUUUUUUAAAAAAAAUACUUUUAUAAAUAUAAUUUAAGAUUGGUUACUCUGUUGGUAUUCAUAUCUGGGCACAUUCCUAAUUGGGACCAUGCUUUUUCUGAAUGAGCUAUCUUUCUGUUCUGUUGGGUUUGUGCUCCUAUAUAACAACUGACAGAGGAGAGUGGGCCCCAUCAGAAGAGAGAUGUGAUUAUGAAGUUCAGCAGAAUUAUUUAUCAGAGGUAACUGAAGGGACCAUAGUAAGAAAUGUUGGAGGAUACUACCUCUUUGCUUCAUUGGUCACUGAUAGUGGUCAAGAGGGGCAUAUCUAUCUUUAGGAAUUUGGGAGGCACUAUAAAGAUAUUUUAAAGGAUAUUUUGUUAUAUUUCAUUCCCAGGAUUGGGUAGUUAUAGUCCAUAAAAUUUCUGAGAUUAAAUGACAGUGGUUGUAUUUGUCAACCAGCUGCUUCAGUGAUAUGUUUUAUUGUCUUCUCUCACUGUGGUUGUAAAUUGUGUUUAAGUGCUAAUUUUUAGGAAUUGGGGAUAUGGGUUUUCAUCUUGGUAGAUAUCUUUUAGCCUAAGAUCUAUUGCCUCAGUUUCUUAUAAAGCAAGAUAAAUGGAAUCAAUGUAUGCACCUUGAUAGGACCUUGAUAUUAUAGAAUGUAACCACAAUUUUGAAAGUUCUGUAUUUUUAAUAUCUGAUAAGACCAUUUUUGGUGACUGCUAGCCUAGCCAGAGUCACCCUUUUGAAUCAUGAUUAAGGUGUGAAUCUUUUAACUUCCAUAUCAUCCCUUGAGAGAUAUUGAGUGCUUUAGCUUGGUUUUCCUUGAAUGCUCUUACUAUAGUCAAAAGAAGGGAACAAUCAACAGCUUUGUGGUAGUUUAAUUAGUAGCACUACAUUUAUUAUAAAAGUUUCAAGAGAAUUUUUCCUAUUGGGAUAGGAGGGGAAAAAACCUUACUGUGACAGUUGAACCAGAGAAAAAUGUAUGGGCCAGACCAAUUAUAUUUAGUACUGCUAGAAGCCACCAGAAUGAAUUGUGGAGUUAGAUUUUCACUGUAUAUGCUUGUAUAAUACUCUUGACAAAAUGAACCUAUGCUUUCAGGUAUGAUCUUUGGGUGAGGAAGUUGUGACAAAAAGAAACUUCAUAACUGCUAGCUGAGGACCAUCUAGAGUUUCUUCCAUAAGCACAGAAAACAUUUCCAUAGCUCUCUUGGCAUCAAGGGUUUGCACUGUCACCUCUCCUAUGGAGCAACUAGACCUGGGCUCAGGAAAAGCUGGAAUGUAGGUAAUUUCUAAUGCUCUGCAAAUGCUAAUUUAGGGAAGCCUUUGGCUAGUGAAACCUAUGAAUGUGCAAUGAAAUGGGGAAACCUUUCCUUGAACUUUUUGUGGAUGAGUUAAAUGGGCUGUGUCACUGUUUUGGACAUUCAAGAAGCCCCCAUUGUAAAUAUUCCCUAACAUUCCCUUUCAACUAAUACGGUAGGUCUUGAUUCCUUUGCUGCAGUUUCUCUAGUUUAGGGAAACCUUUUACUGGGUCAACAAUAGUGACCUCAGUUCACCAUUCCUGAAGUGCUAAAUUCUAAAGAAACUUGAUCAUUUUCAAAGCAGGAAGUAAAGGAAUAGAAAAGUGAAUUUUGGGGUGGAAGUAACCUCAGAAAGACAUGCUUGCCAACUAGGUCCUUACAGAGAUUAAUAGUCCAGUUCAUUGCAGAUAUAAUCUUAGUUCUUCAUUUUGGAGUAGUACAGGUAUGCACAUUUUGGCCUCAAGACGCUAUUCAUUUCAGAGCUUUUUAAGUAUUGAAACUAUACAAUUUGCCUGUGCAUCAUUGACCUUAGUUAUUUCUUAAUGUCAUUUAUCUCAGACUUCACAAUAGGUAUUAUUCAAAACCAGAGGGCUUCAUAUAGCUAUUCUUAUGUGGAAGGCAUCAUUAAUAUUAAUAGACAUCACUUUUUACAGAUAUGUCCUCCUGCCAAGUUGAAAAUAAAAUUGUUUUUAUUGACUUACAAAAUUUAAGCUUUGUUCCCAAGUUGUGAUGAUAACUUAUAUUUGCAUAAUGCUUUUACCAAGAAAUUUUCCAACAACAGCUCUAUGAAGUUGGUAGUGCAGGUGUUAUUCCCAUUUUACAAAUGAGGAAUUUGAGGUUUAGAAAAGGGAAGUGGCUUGCUCAUGGUCACAUAGCUAAUCAUUGUCAGAGAUGGGUUUUGAACCCAGGACUAUUGACUCCCAAACCAGCACUCUUUCUAUAACACCAUGCUGCCUAACAUUGAAAAUGAUCAGAUUCCCUUUAAAAUCAUAUGUAUAAAUGAAAGAUAGUGAUUUUCUGAAAGAUAAUAAUAUUGAAAAUAAGUCACAAAGUGCAAAUACUGUUCUCUGUCUCAAAAUGUAUGUCUUGAGGAUAGAGCCAUAUGAGAGAUGUAUGCCUUGUCUGUUCCCUAGAUGUUUUGGUUUAGAUGUUUAGCAGAGUGGAUACCAGUUUUUGAAACUUAUUCAAACUAAAUAAUCAAUUUCUUUGAAGCAAGAUAUACCAGUGAUAAAGAACCUCUUUCCCUCCUAGUUCCUUUCCUUUUACUACACCCAAAUCCCCCAUUACUUGUCUCAUCAUGGCUGGUAGGAGUGGAAGGUAAUUUGCCACUUGAUGAUGAUUCUGUGGUCCAUAUAAAGUGGACUGGCAGGUCUUAUGCCAGUUCAUAUUAGGGAAUAACCUAAAGACUAUUUGUAUGAUUUCUUUACAAUGAUUUGACCUUGGACAUGAAGACCGAACUACUGUUUGUUCCUCUGGAUGCUUCCUUCUGACAUGGAUGUGUUUCAGUAUGAACCUUAUAUUCUGCCCUUGAUUCCCCUUUUUCUGUGGAUUAAAGGGCAUCUCAUUUCCCUGGCUAUUAAUCUGGAUACUUCAGCAACCAUACAUUCACAUAAAAGAAGGGAGAGAGGUGAAUUGUUACCUCAAGCCUGCCUGCCCUUGGGUCUGCAGUCAUGGCUCUGGUGUGUCAGCAUGUCCUUAACAAAGGGUGUGCAUGUAUAUGUGUUGAUGUACGAGGGGCCUUCUCUUUUUUCAGAUUGCACUAUACUUGUUCUAGCUUCAGUUUGGAGAUAUUUAAGACCUCCAUGGGGUCAUGAUCCAUAGACUUAGCAAGUCUUGCCUUAUCUAUGGAAAUUGAUGAUGAGAAAAGUGUCCUAGAGUCUAAUGUCUGUAGUUUACACCCCAAAGUGGUUUUUUUUUCUGUUGAUCUAAGCCUUUUUUAUUUUUUAUUUACCAAAGUACUGUACUUGGCUAUUUGCAGUGUUUUCAAACCAAAUGUUUCUGUUUUGUGUUCUUAAUUUUAAAUUCUCGGUGCAAUAGAAGCUGCAAAGAUGUGCCACUUUAUCUAUGAAAAAUGGAGUUUUGUAUUCUGAUGAAAUCUAGAUUAAAAACCAACUUUAAAGUUGUUUUACCAA